AAAUGGAGGAACGUAGGAUAAAAGGAAAAUAAGAGAAGAAUGGUGGAGAGAUGGAGGUAAUUAGGAAGGCGUGAACUGGCUCCGCUGACGAGCUGCACAACGAUGCGUGUACGUGUAAGUGCGUUUGCUCGCGCGCGCAGUGGUACGCGAUACGAAUUCGGGCAUGCUCGUGAACGUGCUCGCGCUUCGUGCGCCUCCUCGCUUGCUUGCUCGCACGCUCGCUCGCUCGCUCGCCCGUCCAUCCGUUCGUUCGUUCGUUCGUUCGUUCCUUGUGAAUUCUGGCGUUACUCGCAAGGGUACGCGCACUGUCGAGCAACUCGAUUCGUCGGAGCUGCGCCGAGCGUCCCCACGGCUCGCGCGGGGAAGCUCAGUCUACCGUCACCAUUCGCGAGUGUCGUUUCGUCACCAUUCCCGUCGCUUUCGUGUUUUUCUUUCAAAAUUGCCGAUACAAGCGUUUCUACGUUACUCCGUGUCACUAUUCUUUGUCCUGUCCAUAUCGUUCCUCUUGUUACCACGCGUGGUGAAAUCGAAGAAGAAAGACGAAGAGAGAAAAAAGAGUGGGAGAGGAAGAAAUCUGUACGAGUGAAGAAGGAAAUCGAACGAAUUGCUUCUGUCAGGUUGUCAAGGAUCGGCUGGCGCGCGUUGAUCGGUUUAUCGAGCUCGGUUGUCAUGUACGACCGACGAAUUUAAAUUUUUUCCGCGUUCGUUCCCAAACGCCAGGCAGGAUUUCUAGACCGAGCCUUUCCUGGAUUUUCGUGCACGAUAACGUAAAGAUGAACGCUCCGCCGCCGGUAUACGCAUCCUCCUGCCCUGCGUUGCAGUCGAACCUGUCGCUGCACGGUUCGUCCUAUUACAGCGAAUACAGCGGAGCAGCGAGAAGGCGAUUGUCGUCGACGGGAGAGGCGGAUACCUCGGCUACGUCGAGCUACGAGGGUAGCGACAGUUCCGAAAACAGCGACGAAUCUCGUCUCGAACCGGUCAGUCAAAUGGAACGGGAGCAACUCGAAACGUUUUUCCGAGGUUUGAAAUCUCAGGUAUUCGUUUGCGAAUCGUUGGCGAACUUGUACCUGGGAAACUCGUCGCAGACCGAAAGAUGGGAACUACGAUUCACCGGAAUUCCCGUGGUGGUACUGGAUCUCGGUGAAACGCGAUCGAGAUCGAAAAGACGAAUCCAAAUUCUGUUGGCCGAGCGUGGCACCUGUUUCACGCUUUGGAGAGAGACCAUCGACAAUUUAUCGUCGUACAAGGUAUCUGGCCCGGCUUUCCAUACGAUGUGCCUUUCGUCCGAUCACACGCGUCUCGCGGGCCUCAGCUUCGACAAUCCCAAGGCUGCGAACGACCUUUGGCAACACAUAGAAAGACUCGUUUCCUGUCCGGAGAACAUUAGUCUCUCGGUACCCGGGAAGAAGAAGAAGAAACCUGUGCAGAAGAAAGUGGUUUUACCAGCCAAGAGCAACAUCAGCCAACCCUGUCAAUUUCAGCACGUGACGAGCGUCGACGCGGCCGAUCGAUCGCGAUAUUUCUCCUUGCAAACCUUGGUGCCACCUUUGAACGAGCUAGAAAAUUCUUUGGAAGCGAAUUUCUGAGAUAACGCCGAGUCGAACGAGCGUUCGCGCUCGUAAUUCCACGCACACUCUCACACGCGCGCCCGCGCGCGCACUCACACACGCAUACACACACGUACACGCACACGCACUCGUCCCAUCCGUUGCGCCUAUAUGUUCUAGGAAAAUUUUAUCCGAUAGAGUUAUCCGUUAGAUAAGAGAUGCGUCCUGUUCCGGCGUCGCGAAUCAUCGCGAUACGCGUGUAUCCUUCGAGCUCUCGUGGACGAGCGAGACGAAACGAUUUGCCAAAUCUAUCCGUCUUUCUGCCACAUUCCGUUUCUCGGUAUACAUACGUACACGCGGCUUUCUUUUCGCGCUCUCGUCGUCUCGAAGUAGCACGGAUUAUCCUUUCCUUUUCUCUCUCUCUCUCUCUUUUCUUUUUCUUUCUCAUUUUUCUCUUCCUUUCUCUUUCCGUUUCUCUUGUUUUCCGUGACAAACGAGUGAUCGUUGAAAGGAAUUUACGAAUCUCGAGUGCCGCCCGAGGAUCACUGUGCGAAGAAAAGGAAUUUUCGAAUGGGCGCAACGUUUCCGAAUCGAGAAAAAGCGAGAAUCAAAAUGGAUAGCCCGUUAUUCCUUUUUCCUCUAAUCGUAGCUAUGGAAAUAUCGCGCUGUUAGAUGUGUCGUCGAAAUUUGCAAUUCGGCGACCUCGUUUAGGAAAAGCGUACAGCGAGUACGCCUUUAAGGACGUCUUUUAAAUGCUUCGCGCGAAUUUAAGAUUUCGGUUCUCUGCGAUAAUGUUCUUGCGGGUGCUUAGAAUCAUGGCGUCGCUCAUCGUUCGUUGUUCAUCCUAACUGCGUUAUCGUCGAGUCGCGCGACUCGACGAAUUUCUAUUCGAAGAGGUUCGAACGAACUCGUACGAGGCACGUAAACGCGGGGGAACGACGUGGAGCGAACAGAUGAUGGAGAAUAUUUUUCAGGUAUUACGAACUUUGGUCGUAUCGUGACUUUUUCACGAUCGGGAAAAUGCUUCGUUUUUGUCGACGCGUUCUAAUGCUCAUCCAAGAAUCUACUGUGUUAUAUGCUCCGAGUUUUAUCAGGUUUCCAAAGUAAUGCGUUUUGCGCGAAUACUGUCCGAAUAACGACUGCGAUAAGACUGGUUCUACCAUCCUAUAUGUAUUUAGAGGAGCGAUUUAAAUGUAAGCAUCGCGACGAUAAUAGCGUUUUCUUGUUAUUCGACGUUGAUCGUUAGUACUGAACGUUUUUCGAUACGCCGAUCCUUCCGACGCCACGCGUAACUUUUAAUCCUCUUACUGCUGGACAGCUUGUCGCUAUUUCGUUAACGUUAUUGGCAUCGAAGUUUUAGAAUGUCAAACGGAGAUGGUAGGAAAAUGGGGAAGGGAAGGGAAGGGAAGAGAAGAGAAAAGA